UGUAUGCAGCCCUCAGCCUCCUUGAAUGAGAAACGGAGGUAACCAGGCAACUUCAGAGCCGAAGAGAAGGGGCAGGAAAAAAAGAAAAUAGAGCUUUUCACCGGAUAUUAGCAUUGUGGAAGAAUUUUGAACAUGUAAAAAGCGAGGCAAUGUGAUUUCACCUUGGAAAAUGGAAUUAACAAAUGGAUUUUCUUAAGCACGCUCCCUGCCUCUCUCUCCAUCUCUCUCUCUCUCUCUCUCUCUCUCUCAUUGGGGGGAAAAUAGAGCGCUCAAAUGAAGGGGACACAGAUGUGGAUUAAAACGCAUAAAUGGGACACUCCGGAGAAGCAUCCGCUAAGAAAAGUGCUCGGAGCAAGUGACUGUGAUGGGCUGUCGGACUGCAUCUGAAGCACUCUCCCAAAGAAUAAUAUCCACUCCUGACCUACUCUGAAGAACAAUAUUUGAUUCAAUCAAUGGUGCAGUCUUCCCCCGGAGGGAAUUACUCCUGAGUAAUAGGUGGUCCCUCAGAAAAGAGCAACAGUGGACCAUGUGAUACUUGACCUUCAAAGAGAGAACUCAGGUACACUCCAGAAGAUGUCAAAUUUGAUCUGAGGCUGCUCUCGAGAGGAUCACACAUAAUUCAAUCAUCCUUUUCAUGUGUGGUUCAGCAUUACUCCAACACGAUGGGCCAGCAGUGACGGAGCGCACUUAUCAAUGACGGAUCUUCAUUUAUCGAGGAGUACCAGACAUCUCAUCAUGGAUUUGAAGGAGAUUUUCCCCACCAAAGGGCGACUGUAAAACGAAAAAGACUGGAGUGGGGGGAAAUCGGACUCUGGGAGUUUGUGAGGAUUAGUGUGCUGCUAACCCAUGGUGGAUCUGCUUUGAGGGGGACGAGGGACUCAGUGGAGGAUGUCAGCGGAGGCCGAGCUCCAGCCGGGUGUCAAAACCAGCCAGCGAAGGGAGUCCAGGAGGGUAAAAAGUCAGGACCGCACUGAGGUGGGGCUUAUUAAGCGUUUCCGUGGAGAUGGCGUGCGUUACAAGGCCAAGCUGAUCGGGAUUGAUGAGGUGACUUCGGCGCGCGGGGACAAGCUGUGCCAGGACUCCAUGAUGAAGCUAAAGGGAAUGGCUUCUUCUGCGCGUUCCAAAGGGGAGCACAAGCAGAGAGUGUUCUUGACGGUCUCUUUCGGCGGGAUCAAGAUUUACUGUGAAAGAUCAGGGGUGCUCAUGCAUCACCACUCAGUGCACGAGAUCAGCUACAUCGCCAAGGACACCAGGGACCACCGGGCCUUUGGCUAUGUCUGCGGGAAGGAGAGCCACCACAAGUUUGUGGCCAUCAAGACGGCACAGUCGGCGGAGCCUCUCAUCAUCGACCUGCGCGACCUCUUCACGCUCAUCUACGACAUUAAACAGCGGGAGGAGAUGGAGAAGAAAGCGCAGAAGGACAAACAGUGUGAGCAGGCGGUCUACCAGACCAUCCUGGAGGACGAAGUGGACGACCCAGUUUACCAGUACAUAGUGUUUGAGGCUGGACACGAACCCCUCCGUGGCCACCAGUCAGAGGAGAGCGUUUAUCAGGUCCCAAGCAGUCAGCAGAAGGACGGGAUCUAUGAUGUCCCAAAGCGCCAUUUCAUGACUAACAUCAACCACUUUGAUCUUUUCGGCGACAUGUCCACCCCUCCCUCGAUGCCCCCAUCACCUGCCAACACACUGGACCCGAGCCGGAGCAGCCGCCAGCAGCAACAUGCUGCCGAGUUGUACGCCCCCUUCAGCCCCACCUCCCUUCCAUCAGGCUAUAUGACCAUGGGUCCAGUGCAGGCUGCGCAGUGGGCUCAGCAGCCGUACCCCGGCCAGGCCCAGACCCUGGCCUUCCCGGUGCAGGGGCCCCUCCAGGUGGCCCAGGUCCUCCCCGGGGGUCAGCCGCUCAUCUGGAGCCAGGCCAACAUUUUCCCGGCCACUCAGCAGCAGUGGGCGGCCAUGGCGGCGUACAUGCCGGCCCAGACUGUGGGCGUGGGGGGGCACGCCAUAACAGCUGCCAUGCUCCAAGGCCUGGUACCCAUUACCACCAUGUGCCCGCAAGCCUGCGACUUAUCGGCCCCCUCCUCGGCCAUCACCAGCCCCCAGCACACGGCCGACCCCUCCCUGCUCCACAGGCAGCUGAGCCUGGGCAGGGAGGGGCUCGGCGCGGAAUCAGACGCAGGCGAGGGCCCCUCUACAUCAGGAGUUGGACCUGGAUUUGCGUCCGCAUCGGUGAGCAGGUGUGGGACCCCGGGGCCCCUUGGCGUCCCGGACACGCUGCUCUGCAGUCAGCUGCUGCCGCCUUCAGCUGCCGCCACACAGGAGGAGGAGGGCAGCUGCAGUGACCUUGAUCUCUCUCGGAUGACCUUGAGCCCGGGUACAUCCUCGUCACCGUCUACUGAAUCCCCGUCCACCCCGGCCCCUCACCAGAGCUCGUCCUCAGAUUGUCCCGCCUCCCAGGCCAGUGACCCGCCCACAGAUCACUCCCCUGUAGACCCAGAGGGCGCCUGCAGCAACGCCAAGGAGGAACAAUCGGGCUCUGAUGCUGCAAGGUCGAGCUCUCCGGAGCCCAGCGGAGCUCCUGAUGCUCCGCAGGAUCAGACCUGUCCACAGGAAGACAGCUAGAGAACAACAGACACCCAGGAAUGGAAGCUCUGAAGGCCAAGACAGAAGAAGCUCACGAGAAAAGAGAAGAAGAGAAGAAGAGAGAGUGACUGUGAGAUCUCUUACAGCUGGAUUACACUGUUUUUUCAAACCUUUUAAAGGAUAUUUUUGGCAGUUCUGUAAUUAGCUGGCUUUCCUAGGAUCUGCUUUUCCUCCAGUGGCCACACACUGCACUGUACUGUACUGUACUGAACUGAACUCCUCAGCAUGACAACCAGACUUUGGCUUUAUCGUCCAAUCAAAUUACCUUUCAACCAGGAAGUGACCUUUAAUCUUUGAUAAACACACAGCGGGAGGCGACUUCCUGUCACGGAUUAAUGAGUUUACACCUGCAAGGAAGCGUUAAACAGCCAUGGUGACACUGAUGAUGCAAAUAUUUUUUCACGAGGAGCUGCGUCCUACUGUAUGCGGUUGACCUUGGGUUUUGUCAACCGCCACCAGCAAAGACUGUAACACAGCAGAUGGAUUUUGCCAAAUGUUCUCAUAGUGUUGCUCCACCGAUUCGUCCAUUUGCAUGAACAGACUCGAUGUGGAUUCACCUGUGAGCAAAACUGUUCUCUGCGGCUUCCCUCCAGAACCGAAACAUAUUAAAAAAAUAUUCUUUUUCUUAUUUCAUAAGCUGUGAAUUCUUAGCUGGUGUCGUUAGAGGCAUCGGAAUGACUACGAGGCAUUGAAGUGGAAAUCAAAAUUUGCCAAACUAUCUAUUUUGUAAAUAAGAAUCCCCCCCCUCCCUUAUACCUGAGCCUCUGUGCCAUAACAUAGCCUCUCUGAUGCCAACUACCUGUGUUUCUCUCAAGCAAUGUCCUACCAGCACAUCCAUUUUUUGACGUCUGGAUGUUUGUUUCACUUUUGCAGCCAUUCAUUUCUGAAAAAUGUCUUUGUUUCUGUUGGGUCGGUGAGAUAUGAACUGUGAAUCUGUGUUACAUGGUCAUUUGAAAUAAAGCCUGCUGUACCUGUCUCGCUCUGUUUGAGCAUGAAAGAACGAUAAAGAUGGCAUCAAGAUAUCCUGCUAUUCUUCAAAGGUUACAGGUUUGUUUUUUUAAGUGAAUAGAAAGCAGAUUUUCCUGCAUCUUUUUCGUUUUUUUUAUUAAUAUUCUACAUUUCCAGCUGAGGUCGCAUUGUUUACAAUUUGCCAUUUUGAAUCAUAUCUCUGUUUGGUUUCUUGAAUUAAUAAGCAGAUUAAGAGACAGUAGAGUGCAUUUCUAUGCCUUAUCAGGUUUAUUUUUGUUGUCCAGUCACUGUUCUUCUUGUAUACAGUAAACAGGUCAUUGUUGUAACAAAGCACUUAUCGUAGGUCUGCUCCACCCAAUCCAAACGGUCAAAAAGAAGGGUUAUAUAAUAUGAACAAUAGAGAUAUCACUAUUAACUGCUAGACAUACAAUAACAAACGGUUACUGUACCCCUUGCUCGUGUAAGAAAAAUGAGAAAUAGUCCAAAAUAUUUUGUAAAUUUUAUUUAUGGAAUUAAGAAUUGUCUUCAUGAAGAGAAAAAAAUGACUUUUGUACGUCUAUGACUUCCCCUUACACUGUACCCAUGCCACUGUUCAUACAAGAAUAAAAUAUCAUGUG